AUGAGCGCCGUCACCUCGGGGAAGGUGAACUGCUGGAAACCUGGAGACAGGAUGGACCCGCGUGUGUCGCUACCCGUGGGGCUGCUCGUCCUUGUCAUUAUGGUCACUGGUGUGACUGGUCAAGGAAUAUGGCUGCGACGGGAUUCGUCAUGGGUCGUGGACUCCACAGGUACACCGUGGGUCGACAACGGAGUGACAUACGAUGCCGCCAAAGCCUUGGAUGGAGACACUGGUACCUACUGGAACGUCAUAGAUACCGGGCAGAACUACAACAACUGGUACAUCGUGCUGGACAUCGCAGCGCCUCAAACUCUGACGCGCGUCGCAGUGAACAGCCACGGAGACACCACCCACGACAUCGCAGCCUUCAAGUUGCAAAGUUCUCAGGUUGGGAGUCCGUACAGCUGGGAGGACGUCGUGUCCGUCGAUAACGUGCAGGGAGGGACGGACCAGAGGCAAGAGUUCGGUGGGUUCCAGGGAACAGCGCGGUACUGGAGGUUCGUGGUCACCCGGACCCACGGGGGCUGGCAACCUUAUCUCACUGAACUCAACCUCUACAGCAUCUCGUCGCCAGGAACAACUGUUUCUCCGUACACCACUGGCCAGACGGCACAAUGGACAAGUCCUCCAGGAACAACUUUUUUUCAAGACACUACCUACGAGUAUCAGAUAACACAAUGGACAACUCUUCCAACAACCGUUUCUCAGCACACCACUAAGCAGACGACAAGCCUAGCAGAAGUGACAGACCCGCCUGACGUGAAUGAGUGUCUCAGCAGUCCGUGCCAAAAUGGCGGGACUUGUCUGAACGGGAGGGGCGAGUACGCCUGUCUGUGCGCUCCUGGGUGGAAAGGCACCAACUGCGAGGAAGUGUUGACGUCUCCGGACAACAGGGGAACAGAGUUUGUGGUCGGCUUCCUGCAGAACCACGGAACCAGUCAACUCGAGCUGUUCAUCACCAGCGCGAGCUCAGAGCCCGCCACCGUCACCAUCACUGCCCCAGGUGCCAGCUACACGGAGCAGCUGGUGGUGACUGACGCAGCUGUGCAGGUGGUCACCCUGCCUCGCUCCGUCAUGCUCACCGGACACGAGCGGGCCCAGAAGGGCGUCCUCGUCACCGCAGACCGCGAAAUUAUCCUGUACGGCGUGAACAAGGAGAAGCAUACCACAGACGGCUUCCUGGGUCUUCCUGUCGACGUUCUCGGCAAAGAGUAUUUCGUGGCUUCCUACACUCCUUUAAAUUUGUAUCCAUCCGAAUUCGCCAUAUUCGGUGUUGAAGACGGCACCUCGGUCAGCGUCACUCUGAAGGGUACUGUGAGCUAUAACGGCAGGGACUACCAUGCCGGGAGCGUCAUCACGCUCACGUUAGAUCGUCUGGAGGCUAUACAGUUUCAGGGCAGGCACCCGUCCGACCUUACAGGUACCCACAUCGAAUCGGACAAGCCGGUGUCCGUUAUGUCCGGCGUGCGGUGUGCCAAUGUGCCGACGGGUAUCACCGCGUGUGAUCACCUUGUCGAACAGGUCCCGCCAGUCAACAGCUGGGGACAGCGCUUCGUGACGGUCCCGCUAGCCUUGCGUCGAGGAGGCGACAUCUUCCGCCUGGUGGCUGCCAGAGACGGUACCGAUGUCACCGUCACUGGUGUAACGCCUCGUACGCUGAACGCAUGCGACGUCUGGGAGCUGGACCUUUCGUCUAGCACCUACACGACCAUCACUUCCUCGCAGCCCAUCAUGGUACUGCAGUACAGCAAGGGGCAGAGUUCAGACGGCAUCAACACUGAUCCCUUCAUGAUGUACCUGGCUCCGGUUGAACAGUUCGCCGCCGACUACACCUUCGCCACGGUCGACUCGCUGUCCGCGACCUAUACCAGCUACGUCAACAUCGUCAUCAAGACGUCGCAAACGUCCGGGCUGACGUAUGACGGCAACCCGUUUCCUUCCUCUACGACCUGGACACCCAUCCCAGACACCGACCUGUCCGCCACGCAGCUUCACAUCAGCACCAAGGGGACACACAAGAUCAAGCACCAAUCCGCCAUCGUCACCUUCUCCCUGGUGUACUACGGCUUCUCCUCCUACGACUCCGUGGGUUUCCCCGGGGGUCUGCGAUUGGCCAGCAUCUCUGGCGGGUGUGACGUCACAGAACCAAUGGUUGGCGACGGCGUGGACAACGACUGUGACCAACUGGUGGACGAGGAACUACUGAACGGAAUAGAUGAUGACGGUGACGGUCUCAUUGACGAAGAUUUGGCUGACGUCAACCAUGACGUGGAUGAGUGUGAACUCGGAUUGGACGACUGUGACCCUGACGCAGUCUGUGUCAACACACACGGCUCGUACAAGUGCGAGUGUAAACCUGGAUUCACCGGAGACGGCACGACCUGCUGGGCCAGGAGCACGUGUGUUGCCUUUGGAGACCCCCAUUACAUCACCUUCGACGGGCACAUGCACCACUUCCAGGGCGCGUGCACGUACACACUGACACGGAACUGUGGGAACAACACGCUGCCCUACUUCAACGUCAAGACCAGGAACGAAAACCGCGGCGGCAACCUGCGCGUCAGCUACGUCACAGACGUCACGGUGGAGGUCUACAACCACACAAUAGUGGUGGAGAAGAACAAGAUUGUGUAUAUUGACCAGCUGAUCACAACUCUGCCUGCCGAACCACGGGCUGGUCUAACAGUCAAGUUCGUCGGUCGGUACGUUACCAUAGAGACAGGCUUUGGGCUGAAAGUGUCGUUUGACGGGAGUCAUCGCGCUGAGAUCGUCCUGCCAGACCUGUACAACGGCGCCCUCUGCGGACUGUGUGGGAACUACAACGGCGACGUCAGUGACGAAUUCCUGACACCUAACGGCACGCAGGCUGCUGACGUCAUGCAGUUCGGCAACAGUUGGCGGGUUAAGAGGGAUGGCGAAAAGUGUAACGACAACCCAGAACCCCCCGCGCAGUGCAGUGACGCCCUCCAGCAGACUGUGUCGGAACUGUGCGGAAUUCUGAACAACCCGAGCAGCGUGUUCGCUUCCUGCUACUCAACCCUGAAUUCAGAGGGUACUGUUGAGACGUGCGUGUAUGACAUGUGUGCCCUGAACGGAGACACCACGUCCCUGUGUAACAGCCUGCAGGCCUACGCCGACUCCUGUGCUGAGGCUGGCAUCAACAUUGGGACAUGGAGGAAUGCCACGUUCUGUCCACUCUCCUGCCCCAGCAACAGUCACUACACCUCCUGUGCCAGCGCCUGUCCUGCCACUUGUACAGACGUGUCUGCACCUCAGUACUGUAACCGCACCUGCGUGGAGGCGUGCGAGUGUGAUGACGGCUACGUCCUCAGUGGAGGGGACUGUGUGACCAGGCAACAGUGUGGUUGUACUCGUGAUGGACGUUACUAUGCAGUUGGAGAAACAUGGGGAGAAGGAUGUAACCGCCGCUGCCAGUGCGUCAGUAAGAACAACAUCCAAUGCACGGAGGUACUGUGUGAUGAAAACGCUUUCUGUGGGAUCCAGAAUGGAAUCCAAGGGUGUCACUGCAACAGUGGUUACCAGGGCAAUGGGUCUUACUGUGAAUUUGUGGAUGCCUGUGAGAGCAGCCCCUGUCACAACGGUGCCUGUGCUAAUGAUAACAAUGGUGGAUACCUGUGUACAUGUGCAGCAGGCUGGACCGGCAAAGACUGUGAUGAAGAAAAUUGA